UAUCAAUCUUAUAGAGUAUUGGCUAUUUUCUUUGGAUAGUUUUACAGGAAAUCAAUUCGCUCAUUUUACUAGCGAAUAAUCAACAAGUCAAAUGGAACCCUUAAAUAUAUCGAAUGACUCUAGUGCUAGUGCUAGUGUUGAUCCUAGUUCUAGUUCUAGUGAUGGUGUGGUUGCUAGUGCUAUCCCAAUCUCUGGCUCAACUAGAUCUAUCAUCUCUUUCAUCAAAGCUAUCAAUCCAAUCAGUCUCAGUCUGCCUUUCACCAAUACCAGCAGUGCCGUCGAUAACUUUGAUGAACAAAACGACUCGAUCACAUUCGAGCAACCACCACGUUCACUUGAUCAGCAUCAACCAUUAAUCCCUACCUUCUUCUCAACUCUCUUUGAUCAAUUGCCUUCACUUUUCAAUUCUCAAAACCAACCCGAGUCGACUGUUGAGCGAGUUGAAAUCAAAGAUGAUGAAAUCAAAAAUCAACUCAUCAAUACCACCUUGUCAUCAACUCAGACAUGUCCAUCAACAGACACAAAAAAGGUCUCAAACACAAUCGAUCAAUCAACACCGCCGACUGCACCACCCUCUUUACAGUCAUCAGUCUCAUCAACUAAUUCCACUUCCACUUCAGUCUCUGGUCAUCAAUCAAUAUUGAUUUCCUCACCACCUACCACAAUUUCGAAUCACUCAUCUCAGUCUAACUCUCUUCAACACACUCCUAUCGCUCAUUCAAAACUCUUUCGAAGGGACCCAAGCAAAUCAUCCACUUCUUCAACCUCUUCAACUCUGGGUACCAAGACACGAGCCGCAUUAGCAAAGCUGAGAAUCAGACCUACAUCAUUUAUCUCAUCCCCUCAAACCCAAAAUCUAACUCCAAGCCACUCCCGUCAUUCAGUCUCAUCAAUAAGUAUGUGUCGAAGCGAAAGAUCAUCUUCAUAUACUUCUUCUCUGUCUUCGAACACCCAUAAGUCAUUGUUGAAAGUCAAAGUCAAUCGAACCCGUAGCAGGAGAGGUUCGUCUUCACAUCAAAACCUGAUCGGAUUACAUCUCUCAAACGUCUUGGUGGCCGAUCCUAGUCCAGGUCGAUCGCUUUGGACUUUAGAGUUUGCUCCUGCCCCGUUGAACAUGUUGGCUACCGCUGGUCAAUCCAAGAUCAUCCACCUUUUUGAGCUGGAUUCAAAGUCUAAUCAACCUACAAAACAACUUAUUGGACAUACUGAUACCAUCACCAGUCUGGCUUGGACUAAGUCGGGAAAGUUCUUGAUCUCAGCUUCCAUGGAUAAAACUGUACGGGUUUGGGAAGUUGAAUCCGGUUUAGAGGUCAAACAAUGCAUUCAUACGGAUUUUGUUACGACCAUCUCGAGUGAUCCGAAUGAUGAAAAUUAUUUUUUGUCUGGAUCAAUUGAUCGGAAAUUAAGACUUUGGAAUCUAACAGAUUCGAAAGUUGUUGCUUGGACUGGCUUGCCAGAUUGUAUCACUUCAGUUGGGUUCUCUAACAGUAGCACAGCUCCGUUAGCAUACGCUGGACUUUAUUCCGGUAAAGUCACAUCAUUCAAUCCACGUACUUUGAAGAUUUUCCAAGAGGUUAUUAAAGGACCUGGCAAAAAAGUGAGCUCGAUCGUUGGGAUCAAAGACCAAGAGGUUUUGGUAGCUACAAAUGACUCUAGGAUUAGAGUUCUUGAUCAGAAGGCAGACAUUAAAGAAACUUUAACCGGUCACAAAAGUCAAUCUGGUCAAUUAAAACCUUCAAUCGGUUUAGGAAUGGGUUAUAAUGAUUCAGAUCUGGUGGUUUCAGGUUCAGAAGAUGGUAGAGUUUAUGUUUGGGAACUUGGAAUUGAUCAAAGAGGAUUUCAUGAAUCCUUUAAAGUUAACCAUGAUUUACCAGGAUCAAGUGAAUUGGUAAUAACUAGUGCAGUUUUUAAACCGAAAGGAACCGGUGUUGAUCAAGAUCCUAAUUCGAUUGAGAUCGCAGUAGUUGAUAAUCGAUCUGGUUUGAUCAGAAUAUUUAAAACUGCACUUUGGAAACAAUAACCCGUUUUUUCAUCUUCGUUUUCGUCUUCUUUCCUUCGAUCUUCUCGUCGUUCAUAUAUGAAUCUAUGUUGUUUUUGUUAUUCUGUCGUCAAAACUUCAAGAUUUCUUUAUUCUUUAUUUUCAUCGUUCUUUUUUGUUUUUGUUUUAAUCUGUUUACUAUUUACGUAACUGUCUACCCUACCCUUUGUUCACAACCCUAAAAAAAGUGAUUAAGCUUCUUCACAAUCUUUAAUCUGUUUUACACUCUAAAGCUUCCCUUCACCUAGUAUUUGAUGAAAAUCAAACAGCAAUUAAUUAUCGGUCGUGUUUUUCUUUUCUUUGAUUUUUUUUCAUUUGAUUUGUUUCGAGUUUCGUUGUUAGUUUUUAUUUUUGUAUGUAUUGCAUGAUUGGAUAUCUAAACGUAAUGUACUUUACUAAUUAUUAGACUCAAUGCUGAUUG